ACCCAGCCCAGUCCUCUUCCAGAGUCCCGAUUGCUUAGGCGGACGUAGCGGCGUCUGUCUUGCAGCCGACCUCUCUCCCUACUGGCACGGCUCCCCUUGUUUGCUGCCCACGGCUGCUGUCGAUGCAACUGCUGCUGCUGUUGCCCGCUCUGGAUACCACGGAUUUCUCCAUAGAGAGAGCCCUUCUGCCGACCUGAACUUGGACCUCGAUUCCCAUUCAUCCACCCGUCCAUCCAUCCCAGUCAUCCAGUCCUCUAGCCAAAGCAAGCACCGGGCGUCAUUAGCACUCGACCUACCUCCACACAUAGGGCAGUUUACGCCGCCCAAAGAAGCAACUGAUCCGCCUUUUGUCUCAUCGGCUACCGGACGGUCACGCUGCUUUGCCCGCUGCGGCACCGUCUCGCGGCAGGAAUCUGGACAGGGCUUACACAGUACAUACCUCGACUGCUUCUCCUAGCCUCCAGCUCUCCGUUGGAUACCAGACCAGACAGACACUAUCAGGUUGGGGGCCAUCCAGCCGACUCUGCCGACUACGCUACGCUCCUUCAUUAACCUGACAAGAGGCACUGCUUGCUGCCCGCCGCCUUUUUCGUCCAGCCAGCCCAUUCUCAAGACCUACCUGGUGCAGUUGAUCUACUCAACGGCCACCUCGACGGUCCCAUACCCGGCUAUCCUACCCCCAAAACGCUUCUGCAGCCCCGGCACAAUAGCACCGCUCAGGCGUUCUUGGGGCUUGCGACCCCUCUCCAGCCAGCCCAUUACCGAUCCCGUUCUGGAAACCAUUGGCUCGUCAUAUUAUGCACCGCGACUCCUAGACAUCCCGACCAGCUCCCCCAUAUUGACGGACCACUUUCUACUCCUGCUAGAAAGAGAGUAUACUCGGUCCCUUCAACCGAGCGGCUCGUUUUAACAAACUGAUCUCAACACCCACCAACGAUAUUGCUUCAGCUCAUCACAUCUAUCGCCAGCAUGCACGAUCAAAUCAUUGGCACGAUAGGCAUGGACCAAGGCAGUCACAUCGCUCAUGACAACAACACGUAUGGAAACAACAAUUGGGUGGAUAUGAACCCAUUCCACCAUCAGACCACCAUGCCGGACUACGGCGGCAGCUACGGUGGUUAUAUGCCACCGAUCUCUCAUGGGCUGCCCUCCGAGUCACUAGGCAGGAUGCCUCCUCCCCCGCCUCCUCAGCAUCAUGUACCUCAACCUCAUCAACAUUCUCACCCUCCUCUUCCAAUGUUGAUGAUGCCCCAAACGACGACGACUUGGCCGAGCAUGUUGACGAAUCCAACAUACGGUUCACACCCUGUCCCGCCCGUCGCUAUCCCCCCGGUAACAACACCGCUCAAGAACUCCAAACUGCCAGCUAUCCAGACAACAUCACAGCCCAGGAAAACACUUACCGACGAGGACCGGCGGCGUAUGUGUCAGUAUGCUAUGGAUCAUCCGACGGCCAAGCAAACGGAUAUCGGAGCUCAGUUCGGUGUGGAGAGAAGCACCGUGUCCAAGGUACUGCGCCACAGGGAUAAGUAUCUGAAUCUCGAGGACCGCAGCAGUUCUCCGAUUAAGCGUAACAAAGUCAAGGGCGCGGAUGUCGAAAAGGCUCUGACCAACUUUUUCCGAAAGUCUCAGGGCAAAGGCGUUCCAGUAACUGCCGAACUGAUCAAAGAGAAGGCGCACUUGUUUGCAAGUACCAUGGGUGUCACGGAAGAUGAUUUUCUCAAGUCAGGAAGCACAGCAUGGCUGGACAAGUUCAUGCUUAAACACAAUAUUGGGCCGAAUAGGCUACUUCGUCGUGCCUCCGAAGCCAACAUCAGUAGCAGCAUGCGAGGAUCGCCCUCCUUGAGCACAUCACAACCGUCAAGUGCCAUUUCCCCCCUCUCCCCUUCGGGACACACGUCUCCAUCUACACUAUCGGCAAAUAGAAGCGAAGGGGAGAAGGAUAACAUGGCGACCUACAUGGACUAUUCAACUGAAAGCAGCUACAAGCACUCGGGCUCACACAGCACAACCUCGUUACAUAGCGCAUUUACUGAUGCGGGAACUUCAACGUUCUCUGGGAGCACCCUUAGCCCAACAGCAUCGUUCAGUUUUUCGCCUGAUCCUAAUGCCGGAGCAUUUCUUACAGCAGAUCAAGCCAGGCAGCUCCCGCCGGGAAGCGGUGUCGGGUCCAACUUCCAAAGACCAAGAAGCCAGACAUUCCCAACCUUGGACCUCGAAUACCUAAAUCAACAAGAAUCAGGGGACUCGUUGACGCCAAAGUAUCAUGUGUCGUCCACGGGACCUUCUUCGGCCCUUGAGUCGCCUGCCAAUGAAGUAGGCGCCUCGCACUUUGGCAUGGAUCACAUAAUCACCUCACCACGACUCCGUCACAGUAGCAGCAGUGGAAGUCUCGCUGGACGGUCGAUUGCCACACCGCUUAGCGCAAACCCUACGUCUCCCAUUUCUCCUACUCAGGAGGACGCAAGAAGGGCUGCAGACACCCUGCUUUCAUUCAUGCAGCAUUCAGGUGGAUUUGUGGACCACGAUGAAUACAUGACGGUUGUUAAACUCACCGAGAAACUGCGGCUUCACCAGGCACAACUCGCCAAGAACACAGCAGUGGGAAUGGGUGGGCUUUCUCGGAUACCAGAGGGCGAUAGUGAGAUGCAGAACGCCGAAGCAGCUUCGAUACCCAAAGUGGAACAGGCCAUGGGGACGUAAAGUUGGAUUGGACUUUCAGAGAUUCCAUAUUGCCGUCUCAAAACCGCCCGGACCUCAAAACUCUGUAUCCCCAUCAGGAUUGCUGAAUAAGCUACAGACAGAUCGCUUUCAAUGCCAUCCAUCACCGCGGCAUGAAACGCAAGGAAUACCCGCAAACUAAGAAGUCUGUCUGGCUCGGCUUUUGGUUUCUUCAAGGAGACGACCGGUUCAAAACUGGUCUUUCCAUAUUCCCCUGCACAUUCCCUGCCUCUCUUCUUCUAGAAACAUCUUCUUAUACC